AUGGUGAACCACCAGCACCUACCCACCACCACCCCAGCGGGGACCGCAAGCCAUCAAGAGGUUCCCAUCACCAUCGCCAAAGAAGAAAUUCCCGAGCUGCCCAUCCAGGCCCAGGCUCCGCCCCCUGAAGACUCGCACUCCAGCUCGGACUCAGAUUAUGAGCACUACGGCUUCGGCAGCCGGCCCCCCGUGGCCCUGACCACCUUCUACAAUUCCCAGCGGCACCGCUUCACGGAUGAAGAGGUCCAGCAGAACAGGUUCCAGAUGCCCCCCUUGGAGGAAGGCCCCGGACUCGAAGAGGCGCACGCCUCCCGGGUCCCACCUGCUGACCCUGAACACUGCAUUGCGGACCCCCGCUCCACGAGCCCUCGGCACCACCCAAGGAGCAAGAGUGGCUCCAGCACAUCUUCGGGGGAGGAGUACUGUAAUAGCCCCAGCAGCAGGCUACCUCCGUGGAGCUCUCAAGUGUUUUCUUCAGAGAGGAACCCCCUGCUGGGGCAGCCCCUGAACUUGGAGCUGGCUGGCUGCCAGGCAACUUUUCCAGUUGUCAAGCUAAGGACCUGA